AUGAAAGUCAGUCAACAGUUAAUUGACGGGGAAUGGCCAAUAGAACAAAGUGUGAACUUUGAUGGCUCUGCAUUUCCCAAUCAUUCCCAACAAUCGGCAACUGAAGUCUUUUUGACGGCAUUGGAACGAAAUGGCAAGCUAAAAAGAUUGCGAAUGAGCAAUAUGUCUUUGGGCAUGAAACUCUUGCCAUUCUUUCAACGAGCGUUGGUGUUGAAUCAAGAACUUUCAUCCCUGGAGCUGUGCAAUGUCAAGAUUGUGGAGGCACCUCUACCAGAAGAUUUCUUUACCAUCGCAGGAAUCAAGGAAUUAUCAAUCACCAGGUGCAACAUCAAGCAAGAUGUUGCCAUGUCGGUUGGACAGUGCAUACGGUCGGGACAUAUGAAGACACUUAGUCUGCUGAACUUGAGCUUGGAAAAGGAAUGUGCCAAAGAACUGAUGGGUGCCAUCUCACGCGGCUCAUUAUCACGCAUUGAAUUGCGAGACGUUAGGAUGAACUCACCGACAAUCAUUGCAAGAAUGAUUCAGCGAUUGUCCAAGAAUCAGCAUUUGGAGACACUAUCCUUGGAUCAUUGUGGGAUCGACGACCAACACGUACCAGCACUCUCCGCCAUGCUUGCCUUCUCUUCAACUAGUCUGAAAAAGCUGAGUCUCGAAAUGAACAAUUUGAAUGGUGACUGCAUACGAAAACUCCGAACCAAUGGCUUGGGCCGUAAUCAAAUGUUGAGCAGCUUGACCCUGUCCUACAAUCCCAUUGGAGAUGAUGGUGCUAACGAACUGAGUGACUUUCUAAUAUCCAACACCGGACUGAAAUCAUUAGCAAUGAUCGAAUGUGAUGUUUGGGAUGACGGUUGUAGAGAUUUCAUUUCCAAAUUGCCGCAAAUGAAGGGUCUGAAACAAUUGAGCGUGGAUUCGGUAUGGGAAAACCACGGCGCUUUGCUGCUAGAAGCUAUAACACAAAAUUUCACAUUGAAUCAACUAUGGACGACACAUUCGGCCAUGCUCAUAAAGUGCGACCCUCAAUGGCAAAAAAUUGGACUGCUAUUUCGUUUGAAUGCCGCCAAGCGACGGAUCCUGGUGGAGACUGAUGUACCCGGUGCGGCAUGGCCGAUUGUCUUGGAGCAGAGCAAAGACGAUGCCUCUUCCAUAUUCCACCUAUUGACGCAUCAGCCAAGUGUCAUACAUUGA